ACCAAUCGGCAUGGAGGGCCGAUGACGUCUGGUGUGAAACGCCCAAUUCAGGAGAAGAGGAGGCUGGAGUUCUGGUGUGGCGGCUGGAUGUUGAGGCAGUUCAGUGAAGGUGAUUUAACGGCCGCUGCUCGAGAGAGUGUAUGUGCGCAUGUGCAGAAUGGCCGCACCUCGGUGUCUCCAGUGAGAGGGAGAUCGCUCCUACCACCACCCCCCUCUUCCCAACUCUCAUUCCCAUCCGGAGCUGCUGACAAUGGCUGGGAAGCUGGUGAAUGGCGGCUCGGUGCCCAACACGACGUGCUUGCAGGGUCUGCCGCCCCUGCCCAAGAGCCUGAGUGGUUUGCUGAAUUCGAGCGGCGGCUCGUGGCGAGAAAUGGAGCGGGUUUAUGCCAAGCGGUGCCGCAUCCAGGAGGACCUUAGCCGGGGCCGCACCGCCAGCAGCCGCCACGCCAACCGGCCCAGCAAACCCGCCAACCUGGAUGCCGCACUGGCCCUGCUUCGGAAAGAGAUGGUUGGUCUGCGUCAGUUGGAUAUGUCAUUGCUAUGUCAGCUAUGGUCUCUCUAUGAAUCCAUCCAGGAAUAUAAAGGAACAUGCCAAGAUUUGUCAGCUGCAGCUAAUUCAGACUGUUCGUAUGGAUUGGAAAACGGUUAUUUUGAUGAAGAGGAGGAGUAUUUUCAGGAACAAAGUGUUGUGGAAAACGGGAAGGCUGACAACUUGGAGACACAUCUUGCAGUGCCUAAAACACACAAUUCACGAGACCAGUGGAUGCAGGAUUCCUUUCAUAUCACUAUAUAACAGAUGUCCUACAACUUUGACCUUCUCACUGUUUUUGACAUUGUGCUGUUAUAGAUUUUGAAAGGUAUUCAUGUGAGGGUUGGUAUUGUUUGGGGCAAAAGGUGGUGGGUGGCUGAAAAGAGUGAGAAUAAAAUUUUAGUAACUAGGUUUAGUUAAGCAAAUUUACUUAAGUUGUCAUUUAUAGUUUUAAACGCCAUACAUUUGAAGAAACCUUUAAUAAGCUUGGUUCUUAAAAAUGAUUUGUUUUUUGUUUGGAAAGAGUAAGAUGUUUUGAACCAGCAUUAAUUUUUCAUAUUGCAGACUCUGCAACAGGUAUUUCACCUUUCUGGAUCAUGCUUAACCUUUCUAGAUUCUGGGACUUGUUGUUGGACCAUACCAAAAUCGAAGUGUGAUUGGCAGAAUUGCUUUUCAAGUUGGUGAACAAAUGAGAAUUCUGUAGGUACCACUAAUGUAAAACACUGUGACUACCACAUUAAGGGCUAAGAAUUUAAAUCUGGCUUCAGUAGACUGAAUGUAAACAACUUUUUUAAAACCUAUGUCCAAUUUCAAUUGCGGGUUGAGCAAAAUUGCAGUGAAGGAUAGAACUGAUCCUUCUAAUCAUAUUACACCAGGGUGAAAGGCCAAUCUAUGCCAAGUGUAAGUCUUUGUGCUGAGUAUAAAAUGCUAUUAGGUAAGAGUUUGAUACAAGUCUGCAUGCCAAGUAGUCCUGUGCUUCCUGUUCAGAGAGCUAUCCAGCUCUGAAAAAUGGUUUAAGUUGUGAAUAUAUAGUGAAUUGAGCUAGACAAGUCAUUUAAAGCAAAAGUAUCUGAGUAUUAUUAAAUGAAGAAUUUUCAUAUUACUGACUGAUAACUCUGGCCUAUCUUACUCUGCAUUAAUCCAGCAAAGUUGAUUUUUUUUCAUUAUUUGAUCUAGUAAAAAUGGUGUGCAGACUAGAAGAUGGUUUGGGAGGUAUGCACCUCUUUUAGAAAUGUUCCUGGGAACUGAUAAAUGAAGUUUGGAAUGCAAUUGCAGUAGCUCAAUUGGAUGGACAACUUAUUUGAGAUGUAGAAAUAUGCCAGUAGCAUGGGUUCAGUUCCCACACCAGCUGAAAUUACUAUGAAAAACUCUUCCUCUCGACCUCUCCCCUUGCUUGAAGUGCGGCGACCCUCUGGUUCAACCACCUCCGGUUCAACCACCUCCAUCUCAUGCUCUCUCUCUCUCUCUCGCGCUCGCACUCGCUCUCUCUCUCGCGCUCUCAAAUAUUACUGUGCUACCAGCAAGUACUUCAAAUGCGAUUUGGAUUGACUGUGUGAUAAUUGAAAUAAAUAUAGGAGUUUGAUUUGAAUUUAUUAAUGUGAUAGCAAUAUUUCUGUAGAACAGGUAGCAUCAAUUUUGAGUCUCUUAAAUGUUAAAUGGGAGAGAAACAAAUCUGAUCACUUAAAUAUAGCACUCUACUUGAAUUGUUGGCAGGAAUAAGCUCCUUAUAUGUAGCAUUCAUUAUGGAAUUUAUUUAUUUUUUUUAUAAAUUUCUAUUGCUGAGGUUUACCGGAUUUUUUUUUUUACAAAUAAAUAAAAUGAUCCACAAUUAAAACCCAGCAGAAGUAUGAGUGUCACUGAGGAGAUUGGCUUUUAUAAUCUCUGAGUUACAUUGGUUUUAUUGUACAUGGAGUACAAAUGUGCAGCUUGCAUUUUCAAACUAAAAGUGCAAUUUCUUAACUGUAUAGAACUCUAAUCAGAAUGCAUUUGCUUUUAAUUCUUCAAUGGUUGUUAAUCUUUUUGUAACUGAUUUUGUAUCUGAAGUUCACAAUCUUGAACUGUCAAUACAACAGUACUUUAUAACAUUAUUUCUUAUUUAUAAAAGUUUAGUGCAGAAUUCUAUGUGAACAUUUAUAUUUAAAUGGUUUGGUUAAUUCUUUUAUAAGAGGAAAAAAUACGGUUUAAGAUCUCUUACAUAGUCCUUUACUAGCUCUGCAUCUGUGACACAUUUCAGACUCUGGGAUUGUCAUGUAUCAGAUGUCGAGACUGAGUAAUCAUGCACCACUCUAGUGGGGAAUAGCUAGGAUUUUGUGGAGUUUCCCAUGGAGUUUUAACGUCAUUUGAACACAGAAGUAACCCAUUAGAAUGUUUUUUAAAAACUGGGUGAGCCAACUGCCCCAUCAACUUGUUAAUUUACAGUUUGAUAAAUUUACAAUUUUACCUAACAUGUAAUUUAUAGUGUAUUCAAAAGACUGCAAAAUCAACAAGUCUUCCAAUUUGCUAUACUGGAAAAAAUUCCAAAGAAAACAGCUAGGACAUUUAAUAUAAAGCUUUUAAUAUUAAACUGUUUUUGUUUUUUUGCACCUGUAUAUUCUGCUCCUACAAUAUUAGUUUCCUUUGCUGCAUUUAUAAGUUACAUGCGUGACACUGAUCUGCAUGCAAAGUAUGAUGCUCCAGUUUGUAAUGGUUCAGGAAAAGAUGAACCUCCAUCACUACAUCUGGUUGUAAAGAAAUAAAAUACUUUUUGAUUCCUGACUUUAAGACUGUUAUAUAUAAAUCUUUUAAAUGCAUUUGUUUUUGUUUUUAAAAGUUUUUUGGUGUGAAUCUUAUUUUUAAAAAGGCUUUUUAUUUUCUACUGUGUCGUAAACAAAGUCACAGCAAUAUUGAAAAAUGCAUGUUUUCCCAGAAAGGUAUUAAAGCUAAAUAAUGGCUAACAGA